CAGAUGGUGGCUGAGCCAUCGCUGAACCGUGAAAUUACAUCUGAGCAGUUUGUUUGAGCUUGGUGCUUGUACUGACUGGUUAGAGCUGGCGGGAGAACAGUGACAACAUUAGUGUCAUCUGAUACCACAAUAUUGACCUAAAACAGUGUGACUUGGCUGUGUGGAUUACACACAGGACUUUCAAAAUAUUAAAUGUGGACUUGCAAGACCUGAGGAGCUAAGGGAUAUUCAGCAUCUCUGAACGACACACAUUUCUGUGCUGCAGUAGGCAAGUGAAAAUGGAUGUCUAUUUUGGGAAAAAAGAUUUCCCACUUAGAAUCUGAAUUAAGACUAGCCACUGGUGUUAAACUUUAUCGCCUACCAGGGGAAAGCGGGGAGAACCUGCAAUUUUUGCUUAGCUUUAUCACCAUCUUUAGAGGAGGGAGCUAGCUCAAGCCUGCCAAGGGAGUCUCCAGUCCUUGAAUGAAAGGGUCGAAAUUCAACCUGUUUAUUUAUAGAGGGAUAUUCAAAACUAAAAGUGUCAAACUGUUCCUGGCUGGUUGGUCUCAAGUAGGACUGGCUGUUCCACAUUGGAUAUCAAUUAGGCUAGUCUGGACUUGUGCUCUCUUGGGAGGAAAAAGCUACCACUCCCGUUCUCCAAAAACUGGGUAGACGAAAAACAUUUUUAAGUUCGUUGAAGUGUGUGAAACAAAUACUCAGAUAGUCCACACAAUGAAGAGGUGUUUUUCGUAAGAUCUUCAAAGCAGGACGCUCCAGCCACAUAUACUGGGACGUGGCUAAAAAAAUUAACUGUGCAAAUUUCGCUGGGUUGUUCCCGUGGAAACAGACUUCCGCCCAGAACGAUGCCUGGAACAAGUUUAAACUUUUUCACCCGUUUGGGCUUUGGGAAACUAAAGAGAAAACUCUCACGGAAAGGCUCCAAGAAAAACAGACGGGAGUCUAACUCUAGUGAGAAAACGGGAAUGGAGUUAAAGGAAUCGAUUUACAAUGAACCCACGACACCAGCUCGCAGUCAUAAUCAAACUAUAUAUGUACCUAAGAUUACUCUGUUCCCAGAGGUAAUGCCCUCCUGCAUGCCCCAAGCUACCUACGGUCCAAACAAUGAGCCUCUGAUCCGUCAACCCUUGUCAAGAACUCAUCCUCAACAAGGAAACAGAGGCAUCAUGAACAACUUAAAGCAAAAAAUAAUGAGGGGGGCAGAGGACGACCAUGAUGGCCUCAGUGUCACAUACAUUACAGAACGCAUCAUUGCGAUGUCAUUCCCAGCCGAUGGGCAAGAGGCCACCUACAAAUUUCAUCUCAAGGAAGUCAACAAAAUGCUGAAAACAAAACAUGGAGACAAUUACUUGAUUGUAAAUUUAUCGGAAAGACGAGAUGAUCUGCACAAGAUGAACCCGCAGGUCCUGGACUUUGGUUGGCCGACACAGUUGGCUCCGCCCCUGGAACGCGUGUGUAGUAUCUGUAAAUCGAUGGAUUCCUGGCUAAACUCUGACAUCAACCAUGUGGUUGUUAUUCACUGUAAAGGCACCCAGGGGAGAACGGGAGUGAUCCUUGCCUCCUUCAUGCACUAUUGCAAUAUCUGUGCCAGCGCUGACCAGGCUCUGGACAGAUUUGCGAUGAAGCGUUUCUAUGAUGAUAAGCUGGCCUCGUUGACCCAGCCCUCUCAGAGGAGAUAUGUGCACUACUUUGCUGGCCUACUCUCUGGGGCAAUUAAGAUCAACAGCAACGCCCUCUACCUUCACCAUAUCCUCAUCCAUGGGGUUCCCAACUUUGACACAAAGGGGGGCUGUCGUCCAUUCAUCAAGAUCUACCAGGCCAUGCAGCCAGUGUUUACAUCUGGAGUUUACAAUGUGACGGACAACAUGCAGAAGAUCUGUAUUUCCAUCCAGCCGGGAAUCCCCCUGCGGGGAGACAUCCUCAUUAAGUGCUACCACAAGAAGAUCCGCUCAGGUCAGCGUGAGGUCAUGUGGCGGGCGCAGUUCCAUACCUGUGCCAUCUCGGACUACAGCCUCAUAUUCAGCAAGUCUGAACUAGAUGACGGCAGCAUUGAUCCUCGCUUCCCGGAGAAUGGUAAAGUAGAACUUGUGUUCUCUCCCAGGGAAGGAUCACUAAGCCACGACAAGCUGACUGGUUUUAAAUCAGAUGUGACUGUGCCUGUAGACGAAGUAGGAGACGCUUUGAUUCGUUGGGACUCGUACGAAAAUUUCAAUGCCCUUUUGGACAACAACACUCUUGAAGACCUGAAGGAAAACGGGCUGCCACCUGGUGGAAUAAGAUUUCAAAAUUUCAACGUCACCGAAUUCAAGAACGAACUACCGGUGGAGGAAGGUCUUUAUGCCCGGGUGCAGAAACGGCGCGUGGAAACGCCCCUUCAGAAUGGUAGCGCCCCUUUAGAGAAUGGGUCGUCACAUACGCAUGCCCCAAACGUGGAAUCUGGUUAUUCCGGCUACCGUGGCAGCGAACUUUCGUCGAGCUCAUAUUCCACCGCGUCACGAAGUUACAACCAGCUCUCUUCUGAUACUCGCAAAUCCAAUGAUCAGUCGCAGUUGGAUGACAUUUUGAAGGAUUUGAUGAAAGACCAAGCAACAUUGCCCAUGGUCACCAGAAAUAAAGAUGGAAGCCAGACAAAAACAUGGACAACAACAUCGUUUGGAAGCUCUGGAGACAUCCCGCAGAAAAUAACGGUGCAGCGAUCAGAAACUACUUUCAACCAGCCUGGAUUUCGAGAGGAGCGUGUGAUUAAAACCUCACGCACUGUCCAUGAGGAACAGAAGUCUGACAGACCAGCAUACAUCCCCAAGAAUGCCUUCUCAUACACACCAGCAUCGGCUAUUGAAUCCUCUCGAUCGUUUCAGUCUUUAGAGCGGGAGCGAGUUCGCAGCCCAAGCUCUGGUGCCCCAACACCCCCGAUUCGCACCCACACGCUGCCCUACAGGAGUGAUUUUGACACCCGUAGUGAAGACAUGUACAUGUACCGAACAGUUGACAGCCGUAGCGAUUCCGGCCAGCCGUUGUCAUGGCUACAGCAACAACAAACCAAGCUGAAAACGAAACAGGAAGGUAAAGAUUUGCAUGAACGCUCUAUGCAGGAACGGCGUCUUGUAGCUGAGCUUAAAGGUGCCCAGUCCAAUUAUAGGAGGCGAGCGGAGAGCGAGACGGAUGAAACAGAUUUCUCUCCCCUGAUGAAUGGACCAACAUCCGCCUUCCCCAUUCACAGAUCGGCCAGUGUCGGUGCUUCAGACGACAUUUGGAAAUCUCGGCCGCAAUACUCCCAUGCCAGCGCCACACUGAGGAGACAAAACACUGCCGAUCAGAUUUCUGAUGCUCGUUACGACGGGGGAAUGAACACGCACACAUGGACACAGGAGACCUACUAUACUACUAAUGGUGCUAGCCGACCUCUCUCUAACAAACCACCGCCUUCGCCCGGCAUGCAGCGCUCUAUGACCCCCACCUCUGCCCCAAUUACACCCCCAAUCCGUGGAAGCAGCAGGGACUACAUGAGACAGAGAUCCACCUCUGGGAGCAAGGAGUGGCAGUCAACAGGUAGACCACUACAGCGACAGUUUUCUGAUAGGUCCUAUGACCGUCAUGUGACACGGAUGACUCGAGCCUCGGCCCAAACCCCUCCCCCCAUCUCCCCCCCACAAUCGUACUCCCCUAUCCCGCCUCAGUUUCAGGCAACAACAUCCUACCAGUCGUACCAGACCUCCAGCAAAUCAGAAAACACGGAAAGCAAACAGUACCCUUACAUCCCCGAGCCCAGAACCCUCUCCCCUACCCACACGUCGCCCCCUAGCAACACAUCGCCUAACUACCAGCAGCUCGUCACGGAGGUGCACGUCCAUAGGCCAGGAGUGAGUUCAAAACCAACUUCUCCUGAUCACUUGGAAACGACUCGAACCUUGGACGAGUUGGAACGACUCCUGCAUUCGUCAGCUGCCAGCAUUUCUCAACCCAGCACACUGCAGCGCAGCAGUGGCAACUCUGGGUAUAGUACAUCAGAGGAAGUCAACACGCUGAAGCGAUCGUUUGAAAGCCACCAGACCGUGAGUAACUACCGUGAGCGCAGCAUGUCACCGGAUUGGGACAACGUUUACCUGCAUGUCCCCACUUCUCAUUCUGGACAGAAAGUGAUUCAGCAGCCACAAGUUCAGGCGGCCAUACCACCGCGGGAAAAGCGUUUCGUUACCGAGGAAACUGAGAGCAUCGCGCUGAUGCCCAUUGGUCCUGGCCUUCAAGUACUUGAACCUGACAAUGCUGGCAUAGUUACCGUGACAACUACCAGCCCUCGUGCAACAACACCAGGAUUCCCUACGUCACCAGCAACACCACCUUUUCCUGUGUCACCCCGGACUCCGUAUAUAAACCAAGCGCCAUACUCCCCAUCAAGCCAAUUUUCACCCGCCUUCGUCUCUGCCCCUGCGCACAGCCAUGAUUUUAGGCGACCUCUGCAGUCGCAGGUCUCACACCAGUCACGGUUUUCAGACCACGAUCCUCUGUAUGCAUCCAUCCCAGAGGACAUGAGUGGAGAGACCACAGGAACACCCACAUUGCCCAGACAAGGGGUGGUGUCUCAGACGGUACAGUACCAGCAACACCAUAACUACACCCAGAACCAGCCGGUGCAGGUCUCCACCCUUCAGCGAGAUCAUCAUCAUCAGCAACAACAACAACAGCAGAAUUUUCAGAGCCAGUACCAUACCCAACAACAACAACAACAACAACAGCAAUACAACUACCAGACCCAGCAGUUUCACUCUGGGGGCCAACAGCAUAUUACGCAGAACGGGCCAGCCACGAUGCCCUCACACGGAAGUCUACAUGUUGACACCUCGCGAGAGUACUCGGGAACCCUUCCCAGAAGUCCUCAGUCUGCGGGAAGUCCGCCGUCACCAGGAAGUCUGAAUAUCAUCCGCUCCCAGUUGACGGAGGCCCACAACUACUCUGGGAGUGCCCUGAGCCCAGGGCCCCACUCCCUCACAGGACAGUCCUCACCUAGCGUCUAUUUUGGACUCUCCCGGAGGGGAAGUCUUUCUUCACUGGCUGAUUCUGUGGAUACCGUGAACACUACACCACGCUUUGUGAAGGACACUUCCAAGUAUUGGUACAAGGCUAACAUCUCACGUGAAGAAGCCAUUCAGAUGUUGAAAAACAGCCCUCCAGGAAGUUUUGUCGUUAGAGACAGUAACUCUUUCCCGGGAGCGUUUGGACUGGCGAUAAAGGUGGCACAGCUCCCACCCAACGUACAGGCCAAGUCGAGUGACCCAUCAGCUGACCUAGUGCGUCACUUCCUGAUUGAACCACACCCAAAGGAGUGAGGCUGAAGGGCUGUAGUAAUGAGCCUGUGUUUGGAAGCCUAGCUGCACUGGUUUAUCAGCACUCCAUCACCCCCUUGGCUUUACCCUGUAAACUCCUUCUGCCAGAGACAGAUACUGUAGACUUUGGAAUGCCCGAAUCUCCCAAGAUCAAUGAAGUACCCAGUUCAGCUGC